UCAAUAAGAAAAGUAAUAUCUUUUUUUCUUGUGUGGAUUAACAGGAACUCCCAGGAAAAUCUUAAUUUUGUGAAAUCCUACCAGCCUCGAAACAAAGAAGUCAAACAUCUGAGAAUUCUGCUCAUUGGACCAGUUGGUUCUGGCAAGUCCAGUUUCAUCAACUCUGUCGACGGUGUUUUUCAAGACAGAAUCACUGGUCGAGCUGCGGUAGAUGCGGUCAUUGGAGGCAGCGUUACCAAUAAAUACAAAACUUACAAAAUUCGCAAAGACCCAGAGGGAUCUUAUUCUUUCAUAUUCAACGACACCAUGGGCUUUGAGCGAUCAGCUGGACGUGGAGUUCAUGUGGAAGACAUCAAACUGGCCCUGAAGGGACAUGUGAAGGAGGAUUACGAGUUCAACCCCAAAGAACCACUAACAGGAGGUGAUUUCUACAACCCAUCUCCCACUCUGGGUGACAGAGUUCAUGUUCUGGUUUCUGUUGUUCCUGCUGACAAGAUCUCUCUAAUGAGUGAAGAAGAUGUGAUAAAGUUGAGAGAGGUCAGACUGGCAGCCAGUGCCAUGAACAUUCCCCAACUGGCUAUUAUCACCAAAAUUGAUGAAGCCUGUCCAAAAGUCAGAAGAAAUAUCAAAAAUGCCUAUUGGAGCAAAGUCCUGAAGGAAAAGGUUGACAGAUGCAGCUCUCUGCUGGGCAUUCCACCAAACUGCAUCUUUCUUGUGAAGAACUACAGCUCAGAGAUCACACCAAGUGAUGACAUUAAUGCUCUGAUAUUGGUCGCACUGAGACAGAUGGUCUGCUUUGGUGAAGACUUCCUCAAGGACCUGCAGGACUGAUUUACAACUGCUGAGGGACAGUUAACAUGUUUGAAACAUGAAAGAAAUGAUGUAACUGAUGUGCAUAAUACUUGCUUUUUUAAUUGCUAAGGAUUUCAUGCAUAUAAAUGGCAAGCUUUAAAUUUGAACUUAAAAUUUGUUCAUGCAUUUUCUUAUUGCCUGUUAGUUUACUUGGUUAAAUACAAAAUGGUGAUAUGAAACAACAUUCUGCUAGAAAUUAUGCUUGUUUGUGUGGAAACAUGAAUAAAAAAAUAUCAAUACACUGAGAAACCAUUAAAAUGUAAACCAGUCCAUUGUGACUUAUGUUCUUUUGAGUGGGGAUUUCCUCUUGUCUUAAAGAAAGAAAUCUUUACACGUGUAUUCACAUCCAAGUAAACAGGAUGUUUACACUCAAAGGGUCCGUAGUGAAGCAUUUUAGUGUGAAUCAUGCAUGUUUUGUUUGGUUUAAUAUGGAGUUUUUUUUCCUUAAUUUCCUGAUAUUAGCUCAUUGUAAGUUAUGUGUGUUGUUAAAUGAAAACAUGUAAAUUGCA